AUGUCGAUUGUUGCAGACCAAGUACGUCGCGUAGACACCCAACUCGACCGUGUGCAGUUGGUCCCACGCGCAACGGAUAAUGACGACUUCACAGCAGCAAGCCACAAGGUCUCGUCCUCCCCACAGAUUGCCGAGCUCCAGCAUAUAGUAAAAGGCUUAUCCGCGACCUCAUCUUCGAGUCCUCUCCUGUCGUCCUGGCGGAUAUGCACGUUCCUCCAACAGGCCGCGCUCUCCGAAGCUGUAGCCGAGACUGAGGAGGACGAACUCGCAAGCAUAUAUAGAGCGGAGCUGGAAUGGCUUCUGGUGGGCAAGGCUACGGUGCAGACUUAUGGAUUGCUGUUGAGCACACUAUUGGAGCAGACCAUACCGCUAAAUGAUCAAAUAUGGUAUUGGGAUGAGGUGCUGGGUUCAUAUCCGUAUUCAAGUCUUUACGCUAUCCAAACGUCUCCCUUGAGAUUCUGGACAUGGUCGAAGGAUAUAUAUCAUGAUACAAGAGAAAGACUUAUUAGAAUUGGCGAGUCACCAGGGGAGGCCCUGUCUGCGAGGGAAAUUGGGACGAGUUUGACAGGCCGAUGGAAGCAGUUCUACGGUCUUGUCCAGCAGAGCAUACAAGAAAGAUCCGUUGCAGAUAUUCAGCGGCGGGUGCUCUCUCCUAUUGCACUUUGCCGUGCGCAGGCUAGACAUAACCAAUUACGACUCAAGCGGUUACGAGAAAUGUGCGCGAGUGGAUUAGGGGUCCUUAUGGAUGAAGGGUUAAACUUCGGGAUCAAUGAAGAGUACAACGACCUGGCAAAGACUGAGGAAAGCAGCCAUGAAUGGAAGGUCGUUGUAGAGAGAAGUAUUGCUCUCAUGGACACUGUGCUCCGGAAUAUCACCACCCUGGAAACUGGAGUCUCGGACUUUGAAGACACGGUCUUUGCCAGUGUGGAGGAUGACCCUGAGGUAUCUGUUUUAGCUGAUGGGCCUGGGGUCGCCAGACCGGCAAAGCUUGCUCACAGACUCCAGCACAUCCUUGAAGCACGUAUGCCGAAUCAUGCGGCAACUUCACAGAAGCUUGUUUCUCAGUAUGGCCGGCCAUCGAGGCUAAUCCGAUACUGGCUACCUACAGGAAUCCUUCUUCUAUCCUCAACCACCAUAUUGCGGGUCCUUGUAAACCGGAAGGCGGAGAUAGUCCAAUGGAUUCAAGAUUUCGGAGUCACAGUACGGGAUUUCUGGUUGAACUGGAUCGUGGAGCCUACCAAGAAGGUCAUCGGCACUAUACGGCAUGAUGAGGACAGCAUGAUUGCUAUCAUGAGCAAGGAAAGCCUAAAAGGCGAUCGAGAGAGUCUUGAGCGCAUGGUUGUUGACUUUGCUAUCGAUAACCCCCAGUCUGCAAAUGCAGGAGGUGGCCCACUGAGCGAGGCUCAGAUCUCGGAGAUCACAGCAAAGGUCAAAGAGGGCGAUCUUACACCUGUCCUACGUGUAUACGAGAAAGACCUUCGGAAACCCUUCAUCGGCACUGUUCGCGGCGAUCUUAUUCGAACCCUCCUAAUUCAGAUCCAGAAGACGAAGGUCGAUGUCCAGGUUGCUAUGAGUGGCAUAGACUCUUUGCUGAAGAGCCAGGAAUUGGUCUUUGGAUUCGUUGGCCUUACACCUGGGGUCUUGGUCUGCUUUGCGAUUGCGCGCUAUCUCAGCGGUGUCUUUGGGAGCCGGAAGGGCUUGCGACAAGGCCAAAAAGCUGGACAAAGUAUUCGUGUGCUGCGGAAUAUUGAUCGGAUUCUGAACCUUGCUCCUGCACAGAACAACCUGUUGCCAUACAAAGACCAUGGAUUGCUGCUGUGCGAGGUUCACGUCCUUCGGGAGAUUGCACAUAGGUUGUUACCUGGGAAUGUUGAGAGGGAGUUCCUCGAGGAUGUCGCGGAUCUGUGCAAUAUCAACACAGGCAUUCAGCAACAGCUCAAGACUCUUGACCGGAUAAAUGUUGAUUUGCCUUGGUCGUCCUGCUUUGGCGAGCCUCAACGCCGCAACAACGUCCAGACCAUCACCACCUCUGUGAAUCCUCAGGCGCUGCCGAAUAACUCUGCGGUGCUUCCCCCUUCCUCGCCAAAUACAAUACAAAAUCACCAAGGAGUAUCCUUCAAAGAUUGCCCCAGAUACACCCGCUGGCCAAGUCCAACUUCAACCUCGACCUCAACUUCGCCGCAACCGACCAAGCUCACGACCCUGACCCGCUUCUGCACCCCACGACCGGUCACCACCGCUAAGAUCAAGCUGCUGCUAAUCGGCGACUCUGGCGUGGGCAAGUCAUGCUGUCUUCUCCGAUUCAGCGAGGACUCCUUCACCCCCUCGUUCAUCACUACAAUCGGCAUUGACUUCAAGAUCCGGACCAUCGAGCUGGAUGGGAAGAGGGUGAAGCUGCAGAUAUGGGAUACCGCGGGCCAGGAACGGUUCAGGACCAUCACGACGGCUUAUUACCGAGGUGCCAUGGGAAUAUUACUAGUUUACGAUGUUACGGAUGAGCGUUCGUUCAAUAAUAUUCGGACCUGGUUUUCAAACGUCGAGCAGCACGCUACGGAAGGCGUAAACAAGAUCCUCAUCGGGAAUAAGUGCGACUGGGAAGAUAAGCGCGUGGUCUCUACAGAAAGGGGUCAGCAAUUGGCAGACGAACUUGGCAUACCAUUCCUCGAAGUCUCCGCAAAGAGCAAUAUCAAUGUGGAGAAGGCAUUUUACAGCUUGGCCGCGGAUAUCAAGAAGCGAAUUAUCGACACGGCAAAGACAGAUCAGUCGGCUUCCCAAGGUGUAGAUGUGGGAGCGCAAGGAAGUGGGAAUGGAUUGGGGGGCAAGUGCUGCUAG